UAUCUUGUUUAAUGUUGAUACUGACCGGAGCAACCAAAGUAAACACACACAUGAAGACACAUUUGGGCAGCAUGGCUGUUAUGAGCAGGAAGUUUUUAAUUCUGUGUCAUGUAAACAGUGUGUGUCGGUCUUUAAACUCGUCAUUGUGGUACUCAAUGUGGUGCAGCAUUGUGAUCUUGAUAUACCUCGACAUUACAAAUAUUCUCUAUGCUCGAUGUACUAAAUGUAAGAAGCAUUUAUUGCUAUAAAAUUGAAACGGCAGUUAAACAUUCCCCAACAGAAAGCUUUAAACAUGUCAAGCUUCACAUUCACAUCAUCCAUUCAGUCUUUUUAACUUGUCACCCGUAGUUUGGUGCAGAUGUGCUGCGUUUAACAGUCUGUUUGUGAGAUUCUUAAGUUCCAGUCACAUAUGAAAACGAAGAGUGGCCUCCUCCUUCUGGAAUAAAACAUGGAAUCAUUUUUGGCCCUCUCCCUAGUGGGCUCUCUCCUCCAGUCUAGCAGCUGAGAAAGAACACUUAUCCUUCAGUGACGCGGACGAGUCCAUCGGUUUAACAUCGGAGAUCUCUGCCGCCUCCGUUUACCACAGAGGCCUCGGCGUGACGUCGGAGGCAGAGGGGUCGCUCGUCAUCAGCACCGAUGGUGCAACACCACAACAAACCCACCAACGUUUUGCUCAUAGGUCAUGAGCAGUCUUUCAAAGCAGGGGACUCAAAGCAAAUUGCCGCUACCAGCAUAACACAACCACAUCUCCAGCUGAACUGUCGGCACUCUAGUUGCAUUGUGGGUAAUGAAGGUGCCCCAGUUUUAAUAGGAAGAAAAUUCAUUCUGGCCUUUGGUCCAUCCAUCCAGGCAUUGUCUUCAAGGAACUGUGGACGGCAGGGUUCUGUUGGCUUCCUCAGAAUCAGUUACAACAAAGAACCCUGGUGGUUAAAAAUGCACACAUUCCACAUGUACCUCAGUUUAUUUACUGUUGCAAUGUAUGUUAACAACAGCUGACAGGAAGUGAAACAGGACACGAGCAAUUCCAAAGUAAUGCAUUUCAGUUUUUUUCUGCUUGCUUUUUUUUUUUUUGAAGUCCAAGACUUACAGGCUAUUAGUCCAUAGUUGAAAUCAAAAUACCGCCUGUAUUGAUGAAGGCAGAUAUCAAAGGCAAAGGUAAAGACAGAGAGAGGGAGUCCUAAAAAGAGGGUGGGGCUCUCCCCAACUCUCUCUCUCUCUCUCUUUCUGUUGUAAAGCCGAGAGUGGGACGAGGAAGAGAUAAAGAAAGAGAGAGAGGUGGUGAUGCACUAGUGGUCCACGGUAGUUCUACCCCUGUCAGAGGCUCUCAGUACCAUUGUGCGAAUCCGCCCAUCCUAGGAAAUGAGGGCUUCCUGUUGUUUUUUAGAGCCUUCCUGCAAAAAGGUUGAGAUAAGUAAUCCUUACCCACCAGGGAAGAAGAAGAAGAGCAGAGCGUUUUCAGGCAAAAUGACAGCCACUAGUUUCCCACCUAUGAUCUCUGGGUGUUUUAUAACUCUUCUCAUCUGGGCAGGUUGCUCAACAGUGGUUUGUCUGGUCAAUGAAAAGAUAACGGCGCCACCGGCCACCCCGACAGGGUAUUUCUCAACAGUGACGGAGGUUGCCAAUGCCACUUCAGAAACCCCCCCCUUGUCAUUUGCUUGUGGAAAUAACUCUGACACGUGUGGGAUUUACUGCAGAAUUUGUGAUACUCAUUAUCACGGACCAACCAUGGAUUGCCUUUCCACUCUGCUCCAAAUUCAAUGUAUCACGAAAUUUUAUGACGCAAUGGCAUCACUGAACAGCACUGAAUGGUGCACUUGGAGCAACGUGGGCGGUUUGUAUAGCAACCUCAGCCUAUGCACCGAGGAGAUAUCUGACUGUCUAAUGAUCCCAUGGCCCAACCCGCUGGUGGAACAGACCUUUGUGGAGAUCCACUCCAGCCACUUCAAGGAUUGUCCCUCGCAGGAGCUGAGCGACCCACCGCCGGUGAUUGUCUUUGCCCUGGUGAUGACUCCCAUCUGCUUGAUCCCCGUCAUGGUUAGCCUCGUCGUGCUCAAGACCAAGAAUGGGGAUGGCAGGCCCUGAAAUAUUCACAACCUCGUGGAAAUCUCUCAACAUCAUGAACGAUAUCGCAUUUCCAUUUUCCCCAACCGGAGGGCCACAGCUCGUCCACGCGCGCGUCGCAGCUGCGCCUUCACCUCCCCAGUGACUUUGCAGAGUAAUGAAAUAUCUUAAAUAUCCGCCGAGGAGGAACUGCAUCGAAGAGAUGACACAAGAGUGAAUGUCGUAAUCUGUGGCAUCACAAUGAUUGUGUCGACAACCUUACCCGAGGCAAACAUAGACAUACUGUGACAAAUUCCUGUAACAUACUGUGAGAAAAAGGUCUUGUUUUCAACCACGUCACUCAAGAUCUGAAUAUGUAUCUAUUCAUAACAAUUUGCACUCACUAUUCAGAAAACAGAGCUUGAUUUUUUACUGGAGAACCAAGUAUUCAGGGUUAUAAUGACAAAAGCUGUGUAGCUUGCAACAGCAAAGAUAAAAUGUGUUAUUGUUGACGGCCCUGAUUGUGCGCCGGACAGCAGUCGUGUUCAUCAAAGACGAGGUCAUUUGUAUUACCGAACCCCAGGACUCUCCUGAUGCAAUUGUGUCUUGCAGCCACUCUGCUUUGAGCUAGUAACUCGGCAACUUACUGUUUUUCAGUGUGAAGUUGACACAGAUAUGUGUCCAUGUUCGGUCUAUGAAUUGGAUCCUCUAUCUGUGAGGAGAAAGAACAGGAAAAUGAGUGUAGCGUGAUGCACGGGUCUGGUUACGUGAGUAGCGUUGCGUUCGAGGUCAGAGGUCACAGAUGGGACACAAUGCUCAGAAAGAGAGGUUUCUUUUCCUGGUAUUUUUGAACCUCAUGAAAUCCUUCAGCACUUUCCCCUCGUCCGAACGCCAACAAUCUUUCGUUUUCCAUCCAGUUUGGACGGACAAACACUGAGCAACAACACAAAGAUACAGGCGUUAUCUUUCGCCUGACUUAUGUCCUGUUCCGUAUUGAAUGACGAUAAAGCCAUAGUUAAGUGCUUUCAGAUUUAGAUCAAAAUGUGUAUUUAUAUGAUAUUUUAUAAUUAUGCCAUUGUCAGAACCUAGUGGACUUACUGUACCAUCUGAGAGAAGACAUUCUGCCGGCUCUCACACCAUUUACUGUAUGUAUUAUGAUAUACUUUUAAAAAUAUUUUAUACAAAUAAAUCUAUAGUUGGAAUGUCG